AUGUUCCUUUCCACCGCCACCGUUGCCAUUGCCGCCGCCACAGCCGGCCUCGUGUCGGCGGCGCCACUCGCAGACAAGCGGGCGGAUGGCAUCAACGACGGUGUUAUUCUCAACUACGCUCUUACACUUGAGCACCUCGAGGACACAUUCUACCGCCAGGGCCUGGCCAACUUCACCCAAGACGACUUCAAGGCCGCAGGGUUCGAUGAGACGUUUUACGGCAACGUGAAGAAGGUCUCUGCCGACGAGACGGCGCACGUCGGUUUCCUCACCGAGGCACUCAAGGCCGCCGGCGUCACCCCCGUCGCCGAGUGCACCUACAGCUUCGGCGUCACCGACGUCAAGACAUUCCUCGCGACAGCGUCUAUCCUCGAGGGCGUAGGCGUGUCGGCGUACCUCGGCGCCGCGGCCGAAAUCAUGAGCAAGACGUACCUGACGGCCGCGGGCUCCAUCCUGACGGUCGAGGCGCGGCACUCGUCGUAUAUCCGCGCGGGGCUCAAGCAGGCCCCCUUUGCGCAGCCGUUCGACGCGCCCCUGUCCAUCAACGAAGUGUACUCGCUCGCGUCGCAAUUUAUCGUGUCGUGCCCUAAGGAGAACCCGCCGCUGCCGGUCAAGGCAUUCCCGAAGCUGGCGCUGGACCCUAAGACGCCGAUGCCGGUCAAGACGGGCGACACGGUGACGCUGCUAACUCCGGACUAUACGCUCAAGGGCGCCGAGGGGCAAAAGGUCUACGCCGCGUUCAUCGCCGUCACGGGCCCGACGUUUGUCGAGGCGACGCCCGUGCAGGGUGGGUUCUCCGUCAAGAUUCCUGAGGGAUUCGCGGGGCAGUCGUACGUGGUGCUGACGGGCUGCAACGACACCGUCACCGACGACACGGUCGCCGCAGGCCCAGCCAUUAUCGAGAUCUCGAGCUAA